AUGUUAUAUCUUUUUUCAUAUUACUAUUUUGUUAUUUUGUCGCUUUUUAAUAUUUCACUGAUACAUAGCUUAGUAUAUAAGAGAACACCUUGUUAUUAUCUAACAAGUAACGAUAAUAGCUCUUUAUUAUAUUACAUAUUAAAUAGGAAAAGAAAAAAUAAAUUAAGUCGACAGAGUAAAAAGUCGACAACAUUAUUUAUACAGAAAAAGAGGGAAAAAGAUAAUUUAAAACAUAAACGAGGAAGCAGUCAUGGAGAUGCAUCAACCGGAGUAGAGGAACUGGCGGAAGUGGGAGAACGGACUGAAGUGGGCUACCUAGCCGACAUAGAUGAUAAGAAAAAGAUAGUAAACAAAAUAAAGAGAGGAGUAGAUAGACUACUGUUUGUAAACAGAAGCUUAUUUGAUAUAUAUGAUGAAGAAGGGAUAAAUUUAGCGGGAUACGAUACAUGGUCCUCUGGAAAGAGGAUGAUGAAAAGGAAAAGGAGAAGGAAAAAGAAAAGGGAGGAAAAGGCGCAAAGGGUGCUCAAUAAGCAAAAUGAAACUGACGGAAUUGGCGGAAUUGGUGGAACCGAUAAAAUUGACGAAAAUGGCGAUAAUGGCGAUAAUGGCGAAAAUGGCGAAAAUGACGAGGCUGACGAGACUGACGAGACUGACGAGACUGAUGAAUGCCCAGAGGUGAUUAACAAAUUAAUUGGGAAGAAAAAUUUUGAGUUAUGUGAAGAUAAUUUCAAGUUAUACGAUGAACUAAUAACCAGUAUCACUUGUAAUAAUGCAAUUAGUUUGAAUAGAAGCCAUUUAAAGAUUGAUUGGUUUGACAAUAUGUUUUAUAACUAUAUACAUAUGCUUUUGUUGAAUGAGGAAGAAGUGGGGGGAGGGGGUGAAUCCAUGAAGAAAGAGGAAACUGAGGAGUUGCCAGAUCAAACUGGUAGUAACUUGAUAGGUAAAAAGGAGGGGGAUGACAGGAAUGAGGACGGAGGGGAAUACCACAAUUACGAUAACGAUCAUUACAACUAUGGCUAUGAUUACAGGAACUAUUGCAACCACUAUACCAGCCACGUUAAAAGCAGUAGAACACCUAGCGGAAAUGAAGUACAUGGUUUAAGUAAAAACACCGCGAUUACGUUUAACCGGUCCGAAAAAGAGGAGCCUCCCCCUAAGGCUCUAAAUGAAGCGGAAUAUAACUACAAAAAUGUAAAUUAUGAUAAGAAAAACAUGAAUGAAAUUAAGAAGUUUGGUAAAGAGAGAAAAAAAAAUGCAAUAAAUAAUAUAGUGAAAAAAUUAAUUUUAAUGAAAGAGGUACUCACAUAUUUAAGUAAUAAAUAUAAAAUCGACAUCAAAAAUAUUUAUAUUGAACCAAAUACAUGUGAUAUAAAAGUUAAAAGAAAUAGUUUUAAAGAUAAUGAAGAAAAAAAAAGUGAUUGGAAGUUAAUAUUUUUAGGUACUGGUUCAAUGUAUCCUUCAACUAGUCGAGGUACAUCAUCAUUUAUUUUUCAAACUACAAAAAAAGAAUUUAAUGAAGCAUAUUUAUUCGAUUGUGGUGAGAAUACCUUUAUAUCUUUGCAGAGGGCAAAUAUAAAAGUUAAUAAAAUUAGAAAUAUAUUUAUUACCCAUUUGCAUGGGGAUCAUUGCCUUGGGUUAAUAUCUGUGUUAACCAUGCUUAGGAAUUCAAACAGCAUAAAUAUAUAUGGCCCAGAGGGGAUAUACCGAUUUUUGAAGAACAACCUUAACAGUACCUACUCGAAGAGGAUAGCACGCUUUGUUGUCCAUGAGUUGAAGCUGGGAAAUGUUGGCAGUGUUGGCAAUGUUGGAGGUGUUGGCAAUGUUGGAGGUGUUGGCAGUGUUGGCAAUGUUGGCAGUGUUGGCAAUGUUGGCAGUGUUGGCAAUGUUGGAGGUGUUGGCAAUACUAGCGUCGUUAGCAGUGUUAGUAAUGUUGGUAAUUAUGGAGGUCGUAGCAGUACCGGAAUUCGAAAUCCAAAUGGUUGUGGCUUGUUUCCAAAAAACAGAAGUGAUCUAGUGCAUAUUUACAAAAAUGAAGAAAACGUGUACAGCAUAUUGAAGAAUGACUUCUUACAAAUAGAGGGAGUACCAAUUAAGCACACGGUUCCGACCAUUGGGUACAUAAUAAAAGAGCUACGUGCAAACAAUAAGUUGAAUUCGGUGUAUAUUAAUGAGCUUAUUAAAAAGAAUUACGAGGAAUUAAAGCAGUGGAAAAAUUUAGAUUAUAUACCUUAUAAAAUAUAUGAAAAUAUGAUAAAAAAAAUGAAUGCAAAGGAUAUACUUAUAUUCCCAGAUAAAACAAAGUUAACUUUUGAUAAUGCAUACACAGAAGUACAUAAGGAAAGAAAAAUAGUAGUGUGUCAAGAUACUUAUGAUGCAUCUAAUUUAGAAAAAUUUGCCAAAGAUGCAGAUGUUCUUAUUCAUGAAUCUACCAAUAGUUUGGUUGACUUAACCGAUAACAUUUUAAUAUCGGACGGUUUUCAUGAUAAGAAUUUUAAAGCGCAAGUUGACGAAUCGUUAAGCGGCGAAUCGUCACUUGAGGUGGAGAAAGCGGAGGAGAAGAAAUCCCCUCAAAAAAUAUUAAAUUCGACUUGUUCUUUAGAUGUAACAGAGUCGUUGUUAGAACAUCUAAACGAAAUCUCGUCUGAGGAUAAGAACAGAGGGCACCUUGCUUCGAAUUGUACCGAUGCAGAAGGAAAGAGAGCUGCACGAUUUAUGGAGAAGGGGAAAGUACAUGAUUCUAAUUUGGCUACACCAACUGCCGCUUCUUCCAUGUAUGUUUCCAUUACAGAGAAUGUGCUUAAACACGGCUGUGAUAAAAAAUUAAAAGAAAAAAAAAUUUUGCUAAAAAGUAAAAAACUAAAUAAUGAUGACUUGGUAAGGUACUAUAACAAGGUCAUUGCAGAAAGGGGGCAUUCCACUGCAAAUAUGGCUGGAAAUUUUGCUAAAAAAAUUAACGCAAGUAAAUUAAUAUUAACACACUUUUCUCAACGAUACAUAGGAGAUAACAAGUUAAAAAAUAUAAUCAUUAUGAAGAAAAUUGAAUCGGAGGCGUUGGACUCAUUUCUGGACAAUCCCUCAAAGGAAGAACACGCGCAUAUAGAGCUGGACAAGAGAGCAUUUGUAAAUGAAGAAGGAGCAGAAGCAAAACAAAUGGAGCAAAAUGCAACAGAUGAACAUGGUUUUCAUGAACGAACAAGGCAAGGAUGGGAUAAUGUAUCUGUUAAUAAUAGUAGUAAUAGCGCAGAUAAGCUCAGUGGUAAAAAAGUUGUUGCUGCAUAUGACGGUCUAAUUGUAUAUGUACCUCCACAAAGGAGGGGGUAA